GCUCAGCCAAUAGAGUUAGAAACGCUAGCCCUCCGCGGCUCGGGUUGGCCCCGGCUCCCGGCGGGAACCCGCUCAAACGUCUAGCACCAAGGCUGAGACAUGGAGGUUGUGAAGGGGCAGGUGGAGCAGCUGCCGGUGCUCCUGGCUGUGUCCCGCUCCGCGUUGGUGCGGGACUGGGACUCUCUCACUCUGGACAGGGCUCUAGAGUGGACUCGGUAUUUCCAGCACCUUUAUGACCGGUUCCGUGCCCGGCCCCAGCUCUGGAAGGCCCUCACGCGGCGGCUGCGCCGGUCUCAGGCGUACCCUCUGCUCAGCUUCCCCACACUGGGCCGCUGCACACAGUUGUUGGGGCUGGCGCUGCUGGAGAACCGCGCUUUGCCGCCCGCCGCCUGCCGCCGCCUGCUCCGCAAUCUUCUGCAGCCUCCCAGCGCGGGGACCCGCCCUGACCCCGGCUUCCCGGAAGUGCUCGUCCGCCGCAAGGCCGCGGCCUGUCUACUAGCGCUGUACCGCCGCCCUUCCCGGAGUCCGCCCGGGCCAGAGCCGCAGCUGCAGGCGGAGGCACAGCUGCUGCUGAGCCGACUGCGGGAGGAGGGGCAGGAGGUCGGGGAGGCCGCUGGGCAGCUGCAUUGGCUGUGCAGUGUUCUGGAGCAGCUGCCCCAACCCCGCGCCUUCGAGGUCGUGGCGGCGGCGCUGGCUCUACUCAAGCAGGGACGUGGCACUGAGCAGGCUGGAGACAGGGAUCGAGAUGGGAGCAGCAGUCCAGACGGGUACCAGGGACGGUGGGUUAAAAGUUGCCUUGACAAAGCUGAAUUGUCUUGGGAAGAAUUAAGGGAGCGCUUCAUCUGCCUCUGUCAGGGAUCUACACUGCUUAAAGAAGAAACCCAAGCUGCCCUGCAGCUCCUGAGGACACAAGAUGGAGACUUCAAAGUCUGUGGCCUAAGUGUGUGGACUGAUUUAUUGAUGGAAGUAGGCUACUGAUGCAUGAACACAAAAGCAGCGUGAAAACUUAUAAAAUCAAGCAAAUCUGGUUAACUUUAUUUGAUGUGAAAGGCAAGACAGCUGCACCUUACUUCGUUGAAAACCAAAUGUUAUUGUGACUGAUGAUCACAAUGAUUCUGACUGCAUCUGUUUUUGAAGUGUUUUAGGGAAGCCUGGUGUUUUCUUGUAAUUGUGCUUGUCAUUUCUAGUCAACACAGAAAAUUUUUUUCUUUUCAGUACUUGUUGAUUAAUUAUCUAAUAAAAUGAAAAUCCUUUCUG